CCCGAUCACGUAGAGAACUGAGAUGUGACGGGAAAUGAUGAUCGAUCGGUCUCGGUGUGCAUCCAGGAUCAUCUGGCAUCAUGGCAGCGCUCCAGGACGAACCAGCCCGCACAGAGGAUAUCAUCAAGGAGCAGCAAGAUGAAAAUGGAGUGCCAGGAGAUCUUGGGCCGGAGGAAUCACCUCGCCUCUCGAAAAACGCGAUGAAAAAGGCUGCACGUCGGGAACGGGCCGAGGCGGUGAAAAUGGAACGACGUGCGCGCGAAAAGGCCAGCCGCAAGGAAAAGAAACUCGCUAUUGCUGCGAAACGUGCUGCGGGAGAACUAGACGAGGAAGAUAUGCCCAAACCAAAGAAGCCGAGGAUCGUCGGGCCACCGUUUGGAGGGAGAGUUGUUGUGGAUCUUGGGUUCGACGAGAAGAUGACUGAGAAGGAAGUCCAGUCCCUUUGUUCGCAACUGGCUUACACCUAUAGCGCCAACCGUCAGGCUGGCAACCCCUUCAAGCUUCUGUUCACCGCUAUCAACGGUAAAACCAAGGUGCGGAUGGACAGCUUGAGUGAUGGUGCAUAUCAACGAUGGAGUCACACGGAAUCGUGGGAGGAGGGAUACGAGCGUUUAUGGGCGGAGGAUCCAGCCGUGAAGGACACUGUGGUGUAUCUGACCGCGGACUCUGAUGUCGAGUUGACCGAGCUCAAGCCGGACGAGACUUAUGUCAUAGGUGGAAUUUGCGACCAUAAUCGAUUGAAGGUCCGUGCAGUCCGUCUCGGUUGCGCUCAAGCUGUGCUCACGCGAAAGGAAAAGAAUGAAUGCUACAAUAAAGCUACCGCUUCCGGAAUCCGACAUGCCCGACUCCCCAUCGGCACAUACCUGUCUGAGCUACGCACUCGUAAAGUGCUCACUGUUAACCAGUGCUUCGAGAUUCUCGUCCAAUGGGUGGAGACAAGGGACUGGGAAUCUGCAUUCUAUGCCGUCAUUCCAAAGCGCAAGUUCGAGGAACAUUUCAAAAACAGUCAGAAAGAUCAGGACCCUGCGCGAGAGGAACCAGCCGACGAGGACGAGGUACACGACGAGGGCAAGCUUGUUCUGAGCAUCGAACAACUGGAGGAACCAGAAGUAGAAACAUAA